AUGCCAUCAAGGACUGUGGCCCUUGGGUCAAAGAAACGUAAAAGACAAGAAGACAAUCAAUUAAUAAAUAGCAACAGAAAAAUGAAAAAAUUGCAACAAACAGAAACCAAGACUCCUUCUGGAGAGAAAGAAAACUCUACUUUACCUCUAGCGCAGUCAAAUAUAUUUGCUGCUAACAUACAAGCUGAGAUGUCUCAAAGACAAACAUCUAACAAUAAUCCUAAUGAAAAUUGGGCAGACGAAAUUGAAGAAGUAAUUGAAACACAGCCUAGUACAUCUGUUAUGAAGAGUAUUAGUGAACUGGAAAAUUCUUUGGUUGAAAAUACAGAGAAUUGGGUCUUGGAUGACCCAGAUCAAAUGCAAUCUCGUACAGAUCUUUUACAUAUGGAAACAUAUGAUACUGACACAAAUUCAGUAACUUAUUACACAAGCCCUAUUUCAAGUUUCUCAACAAAUAAAGACAACCCAUACAGAAAUAAAGACUCUCCUAAUAGUGAGUUAAGGGGGAAUAUUCCAAUUGAUUUUCAAGAGGAUAUUACAAAAGAAAUUAAAAAUACAUUAGAACAUGUAGGCAAAAUUUCAUCAAUAAAACCUCUAGUAUUCGAAGGCACUUCAAUAUUAAGUAACCAAUGGGUAGUGAUUUUUGAUAUCUCUGAUGAUCCAGAUAUACCUAAACAGAUGCCAAGGUUUAUAAUAAUAAUGAAUCAAAAAGUUACUACUGAAUGGAGAGAGGCACCCAAACUCUGUUUUUUUUGUGAUGCUGAAGGCCAUAUCAAGAAAAAAUGUCAGCAAUAUAAGAAAGCACAAAAAAUUAAAACAGCAUACCAAUCGUAUAAAAGAAACAAAACAAGUUCAUUUGAAAACUCAGUACUAUAUAACCAUAUAGAUACCAACAAUGUCAAUCUUACAAAAAUCAAACAGUUGACAGAAUACAAUGAUACAGAUGAACAAAGUCAAUCUACUCAAAAGAAAACUAUUGUAACUCAAACAGAAUCGAUAAUACAAAACAAUAUGCUUGAUAGCCAACAGGAAGAAUUAUCUGAUUUUGAUAUUAAUAAGACAGAUAAUCACAUGGCAGACCUUGAAACUCUGUUACGAGAAGAGAAAACUAUGAAAAUUUAA